CCGGGCUCCCCGGCCAUGUCUCCCGCCCGGCUCCGGCCCCGGCCCCGGCUGCGCUUCUGCCCGCUGCUGCUGCUGCUGCUGCUGCUGCUGCUGCUGCUGGUGCCGGCGGCGCGGGGCUGCGGGCCGGGCCGGGUGGUGGGCAGCCGCCGGCGGCCGCCGCGCAAGCUCGUGCCGCUCGCCUACAAGCAGUUCAGCCCCAACGUGCCCGAGAAGACCCUGGGCGCCAGCGGGCGCUACGAAGGCAAGAUCGCGCGCAGCUCGGAGCGCUUCAAGGAGCUCACCCCCAACUACAAUCCCGACAUCAUCUUCAAGGACGAGGAGAACACGGGCGCCGACCGCCUCAUGACCCAGCGCUGCAAGGACCGCCUGAACUCUCUGGCCAUCUCAGUGAUGAACCAGUGGCCUGGCGUGAAGCUGCGAGUGACCGAAGGCUGGGACGAGGACGGUCACCACUCAGAGGAGUCGCUGCACUACGAGGGCCGAGCGGUGGACAUUACCACUUCGGACCGCGACCGCAACAAGUACGGACUGCUGGCGCGCUUGGCAGUGGAGGCCGGCUUCGACUGGGUGUAUUACGAGUCCAAGGCCCACGUGCAUUGCUCCGUCAAGUCUGAGCACUCAGCUGCGGCCAAGACAGGUGGCUGCUUUCCUGCUGGAGCCCAGGUGCGCCUGGAGAGUGGGGCACGUGUGGCCUUGUCAGCCGUGAGGCCUGGAGACCGGGUGCUGGCCAUGGGGGAGGAUGGGAACCCCACCUUCAGCGACGUGCUCAUUUUCCUGGAUCGCGAGCCAGACAGGAUGAGGGCCUUCCAGGUCAUCGAGACCCAGGACCCCCCGCGCCGCCUGGCACUCACGCCCGCCCACCUGCUCUUCACCUCCAACAACCACACAGAACCAGCAGCCCACUUCCGGGCCACGUUUGCCAGCCAAGUACAGCCUGGCCAGUAUGUGCUGGUGGCUGGGGUGCCAGGCCUGCAGCCUGCCCGAGUGGCAGCUGUCUCCACACAUGUGGCCCUUGGAGCCUACGCCCCACUAACAAGGCACGGGACACUGGUGGUGGAGGAUGUGGUGGCUUCCUGCUUUGCGGCUGUGGCUGACCACCGUCUGGCUCAGUUGGCCUUUUGGCCCUUGCGACUGUUUCACAGCUUGGCGUGGGGCAGCUGGACCCCGGGAGAGGGCGUGCACUGGUACCCCCAGCUGCUCUACCGCCUGGGACGGCUCUUGUUGGAAGAGGGCAGCUUCCACUCGCUGGGCAUGGCCGGGCCAGGGAGCUGAAAAGACUCCUUCGCUGCCCUCCUGCAACUGCCUAAUUUGGUCCAAAGUCCUCCUUGCCAGGAGGGCACUAGUCCUGGAAGGGAUCUGAGUUGGGGGGCAGGGUUCCCACCAUCUCCUCUUUCACAGAGACACACCAUUGCAACUUGACCGGGCCAUGCCAGCGUCGACCACCCCAACUCAAUAUAGUGACAGAGCUGUAAGCUAAGCUGGUUGGGAGGGGCUGGUCUAUCCUAUUCUAAAGACCUCGAGGCUGGCACCAUGGGGCCAACCCAGCCAGGUCUCACUUUAAUUUUUCAUACCUGCCUCCCCCAGUGGGGAGGGCCCAUUCCAUCUGUCUUAGGCCCCUCUUAGGUGGGCUUACACCUCAGUCGAUGCUGCUAGAUUCCCUGGGUGCCAGCAGGGAGCUGGCUGGACUCAACGCCUGCUGCCCAGAACUGAGAAGGCCGCAGGGUGGGACAGCCAGCCUGGCCAUCCUGAGGCAUGACCUUCCUCCCUGGCCACACUCCUUGGGACACAUCCAGAGACUGUUGCUGUCAGUGGGCAGAGUUCUGUGUUCCAGUCAAUGUGAUCAUAGUACCCGGGACCAGGGGAGUGGGCUGGAUGUCCUCCUGCCCCGGCCCAGGCUAAGCUCCUUCUUCUGCUGAACCGUGACCCCCUAACCCCCUCCGGUCAGUCUCCCCCACCUUAUUUAUUGGCGCGGAGGGGGAAGCCCAUGGGAGAAUUUUG